AAGUAUUGCUUGUACUAACUGCUCUGCUAGUCGCUGGUUAGUUACACUUUUAUUUUUACAAGCAAAUGCAUUUUCUUAUGUAUCAGCCACUGCAGGCACUGCCCUUUCCAUUAAGGAGCGCAUUAAUGGCGAGAACGGCUGAUGACGCCUUCUACGUGGAGACCAUUCACACUAAUGGCGGCGUUUUUGGUUUCCUGAAGCCCAUCGGCAAGAGUGCUUUCUAUCCCAACGGCGGCAUCCGACAGCCGAGGUGCGGUUCCAUCGGGUACAACAACUGCUCCCACAAACGCUCUGUCACGUACUAUAUCGAAGCCAUUACCCAUAAGGGCUUUGCAGCCAUCAAAUGCAGCGACUACAUAUCAGUUAUCGAAAGGGAUUGCAGCAGCACCCACAAGCACGUUCGCAUGGGGGCCGUUACCAACGCGAAUAGGGCUGAAGGCACCUACUACGUUCCUGUGAAACAGAAAGCACCGUUUGGCUACAACAAACUACCAACUGAUUUAUAGAAGAGUGUAUUUUUGUGAAACACUUCGAAUAUAAUAGUUUUAGUUAUGGUA